AUUAGAUUUACCAUAAACAAAACACUGGUUUAAAAUCCAAUACAGAACCAGUAACAUUCCACUGAAUAUUUACAUCCAUCAGAUAUGUCAAAAGGACUGGAAAAAUCUUUAUGGGAUGUUGCAAUACAGGAAUCAAAUGAAAGUAAAGCUGAAGGUGCUACUGGAGAAGAAUCGUCAGUGUUUAUUGUAGGAGCAAAAAAUUCAGGAAAGACAUCCAUAGUACUUCGUUUCUUAGACAGAGAUGAGGCACCAAAACCAACUGUAGCUCUAGAAUACACAUUUGGACGUCGAGCAAAAGGACAUAAUAUUGCAAAAGAUGUUGGACAUAUAUGGGAGCUUGGAGGAGGAACAUGGUUGUCUAAACUAAUGGAUGUUCCACUUAAUCCAUCUUCACUAAGUCACACAGCAGUAGCUAUUGUAAUAGAUCUGUCCAAACCUAAAGAGAUAUGGUACAACCUAGAAACACUCCUAAACUCUGCAAAGUCUAGACUUAAUACAGUAAUAGAGGAACUGAAAUCUGAGGAUCCUGGUGUCAAAGAUAGAUUAACAAAACAAGCUUGGGAAAGAGUAGGGGCAGACCAUCCAGAUAAAAACUUAAUGAAUCCCUUCUUGGUACCUUUGAUUAUUAUUGGUGGAAAAUAUGACUUAUUUCAGGAGUUUGGUUCAGAAGAGAGAAAAGUAAUAUGUAAAACACUGAGGUUUUUAGCUCACACUCAUGGAGCAACAUUGCAAUUUUUCAGUAUAAAACAGGAAACAUUAGUUACGAAAAUGAAAGGACUCCUAAGUCAUAAUCUGUUUGGAACAACAGCAAACAAAACUUUACAGACAGACCACAAUAAACCAAUAAUGGUACCUGCUGGGCUAGAUUCAUUACAACAAAUAGGGUCUCCACCAUUGUCAGAGAAAGAUAUCGGCAGAAUUAGUGCAAAGAAUCCAAUAGAGUUAUGGAAGCAUGCUUUUGCUGGAUUCUUCCCACCAGAGAGCACAUCAAAUCCAGCUAUAGUAGACGAUCCGUCAAAAGAUCCACAAUAUUCAGAACCCAAUAUAGAUUCCCUUAGAUCUCAGAAAGAUGAGGAAUUGGAGAGAUAUCGACGAUUAUGUGAGAGAAAAGCAAGGGAAACACAAAGAUCCUAUGGGAAAGCUUAUGCCUAGUGAUAGAAGAAUUAAAAUGACAGAUUGUGAUCAAUAUAGACAUUGAACAUGUAAUGCAUUCCGUCCAGAUAUAUUAUGUAUAAAUAACAAUUUUUAUUUUGUUUCUACUUAUUGUCAAUAAAUUUCAUUUCUUAAUA